GGCAGUCGUGAGUUAAAUGAGUGCCGAAGUAUGGAUUUUCAAGAUGGCGAAAACGCUAAAGAUAUGACUGGUAUUUGUUUGAUGUGUCUUCGUAAUGAAGAUGAAUAUGGACAUAUAUUAUUCUCAGUUAAAGGAUGCCCAGCUGUUGACUGUGAAGAGUUUGAAUUACCAAAUCCCUACGAUCCCUACCCUUUUUGCUGUCCAGUAUGUAAAGGGGCACGGCGUAAAUAUAGAGAAGAAGAUCUUAUGUAUGGUACAUCUAUGACAGACGAAAAUAAAGCAAAAAAAGGCGGUGAUGGAACACCUGACGAUGAAAGCAGUGAUGAACCAAAAGGUGACGAGGAAACUGAUGAAGGAGAUAAGGGCGACGAAGACGAAGCUAAGGAAGGCGGAGAAGAAGCUACGGACGACCCAGACAAAAGAGAAGAACGUAGUCGGAGAUUCCUUACGCCACCGGAAGAAAUGACCAAAAUAACACAUGAUGUAAACAACGUGACCGUAAACGACGAUAUAGCAACUUCCGAAAACAGUACGACUACGACCAUGAAAACUGAAGUCUUGAACAAAGAUCCUACAGACAAACCCACGGCUGUAAAGAGAAGACUUUUUCAAGGAAAAAAUAUGAGAAGCGAUGACGAUGCUGGUAGCAAUGCCCAGGUAUAUAGAAGACGCCUCAAAUAAAGAACAAAAAAAAUUUAAAAAGCAUUAGAAAAAAAUUGUAGAUAAUAUAAUUAUUAACUAGUA